GAAAUGAAAGUAUCUGGGGCAUGCAUUCUGAUCCAGAUAAACACUCAUGUCGGUCCACCGAAUCAAUUUAGCGAUGAUCAAGCAAAGCAAAGAUCUAAUUGUAUAAUGGAAAGACGUAGCCUGGGCCAUGGAGUUUAA